AUGUUUUACAUAUUUUAUACCACAAUAUGUUUUGCCUCAUUAUUUCAUCCCAGCUCUAAUGCUGUGUUGUUUCCAGAGCCUGAACUGAGAGUGGUGCUGGUGGGUCAGGAGAGAGUGGGGAAGAGUUCAGCAGGAAACACCAUCCUGGGAAAGAAGGAGUUUGACUGUAAGUUCAGUGCCAGACCUGUGACGCUGAGCAGUGAGCGGAGAGAAGGUCUUGUUCUGGGUCGUAGUGUCAGCGUUGUCGACACUCCUGGGCUCUUCAGCACUGAGCUAAGAGAGGAGAUGGUGAGAGCAGAGCUGGAAAAAGCAGUACAGCUGAGCUCUCCGGGUCCAUGCGUCUUCCUCCUCACCCUCCAGCUCGGAAGAUUGACUGAACAAGAACAGAAAGGCCUGGAGACACUGAUGACAAUGCUUUCCCCUGCAGUAGCUGAUCACACCAUGUUGCUGUUCACUUACGGAGACCGACUGAAAGAUACCGACAUAGAGCAGUUCAUCAGAGGGGACGAGAACCUGCAGAAGCUGCUCAAGAAAUGCAGCGGCCAGUACCAUGUGUUCAACAACAGAGAGAUGGGAAACACUGAUCAGGUCAAAGAGCUCUUUGACAAAAUUGAUUCCACCUUCAAGGGAGAAUACUAUACUCUCCAGCCAGCCAGCUAUGUGACAUUUCAGAAGAAGUUAGUGAGGUGGAUCUCAAUGCCAGUGGGAUAUAACUGGAAUUUCAGGUCUAGAGCUUUUAGGUGGAUUUCCUUUUUGGUCGUUGUUUGUGGUGUUUUUUAUACUGUCCGUUGGAUCAUGAGAUGGGGAGAGAGAGAUGAUGAGAUUGAGUCAAUGCUUAUGUUUUACAUAUUUUAUACCACAAUAUGUUUUGCCUCAUUAUUUCAUCCCAGCUCUAAUGCUGUGUUGUUUCCAGAGCCUGAACUGAGAGUGGUGCUGGUGGGUCAGGAGAGAGUGGGGAAGAGUUCAGCAGGAAACACCAUCCUGGGAAAGAAGGAGUUUGACUGUAAGUUCAGUGCCAGACCUGUGACGCUGAGCAGUGAGCGGAGAGAAGGUCUUGUUCUGGGUCGUAGUGUCAGCGUUGUCGACACUCCUGGGCUCUUCAGCACUGAGCUAAGAGAGGAGAUGGUGAGAGCAGAGCUGGAAAAAGCAGUACAGCUGAGCUCUCCGGGUCCAUGCGUCUUCCUCCUCACCCUCCAGCUCGGAAGAUUGACUGAACAAGAACAGAAAGGCCUGGAGACACUGAUGACGAUGCUUUGCCCUGCAGUAGCUGAUCACACCAUGUUGCUGUUCACUUACGGAGACCGACUGGAAGAUACCGACAUAGAGCAGUUCAUCAGAGGGGACGAGAACCUGCAGAAGCUGCUCAAGAAAUGCAGCGGCCAGUACCAUGUGUUCAACAACAGAGAGAUGGGAAACACUGAUCAGGUCAAAGAGCUCUUUGACAAAAUUGAUUCCACCUUCAAGGGAGAAUACUUCACUCUCCAGCCAGCCAGCUAUGGUGAGAUCAAGGUCCUUUCCAGAGACAUCGAGGCUCUUCAGCUGAAGAACCAGCAGAUGAAACAGCACUAUGAAGCUGUGAUCUCAGCUGAGGAAAAGGACCAAGAGGCCAUGCUGCUGGAAAUCCAAGAGCUUAAGGAUGAGCUGCAGAGAGCUGAUGCCAUGAAGAAAGUGACCUGCCCCGCCACAGUGGAGGCACUUUCUCAACAACUGGAGGAGACAAACAGGAAGCGCUCAGCUGAAAGGCUGAUGCUCCUCAUGGUGGAACAGGAGCUAGAAGAUCUCCGGCAGCAGCUGCAGACAGAGAAAGCCUUGAGGGUGCAGGCAGAGACUGAAAAACUGGAGGCUGUGGAGAUCGCUGAGGCCCUUUUCCACAAAGUGGAAGAGCUACAGAGCUUCUCAGAGGAGUGUUCAGCUGAGAGCCGGCUGCUUUCAGUUGAGCUCAAAUCAGAGAAAGCAAAACAGGACCAGUUUCACCAUGAAAUUCUGGGGCUGCAGCAAAUGCUCCAGGACGAAAAGGACCUGAGGAACCAGGCGGAUGCCAACAACCUCAAGGACUUUGAGCUGGUGGAGUUGGUCUGUCAGGAGUUGGACCAUCAGCUCCACAGAGAGAGGGAACUGUUGGAGGAGGCAGAGAGCAGCAAAGUGGAGGCCAAGAAAAUUGAGCAGAUGUUGUUCCAGCAACUGGAAGAGGCUCGAACGGUCACUGAAAAGCUUUCAGCAGAGAGUCAGACGCUCGCUGACAAGCUGAGAAAGGAGGAAAAAAGACAGGAAGCUCUCCUUCAAGACAUCACGGAGCUUAUGCAUGUGCUUGAUAAAGAAACAAUGUUGAGAGUCCAGGCAGAAAACUACGAAUUGGAGGCCAUCAAGGUUGUGGAGAUUCUCCAAAAGAGACUUGAUCGACAUAGAGCGAGGUCGUCUGCCAGGACGAGGACUUCCUGUGGCAGCAGGAUCUUUUUAUGUUGUUUCGGAAGAAGAGCAACAAAAAGAAAAAGCUGA